UCCGUUUUUGCGAUGAACUUUAAAAAAAUUGUGAUUUUGAGAUGUUGAUUGGAUUAGACUGGUUGCAGUGGGCUGUCAUAGCCUGUCUGUUGACUUUACCUAUAAUUUAUGAGUUGAACAACACUUUUAAGUAUUAUGCAAAGUUUAUCUUAUAUUAUAUACUUGUUAUGUUGGUUGGCAUAGUGGUAAUGUUCUACUCUUUGUUACGUCCACGACGACCAGAAAAUGCUCGAUUGGCCAACUGGUUAGUCAAUCAUAUGAGAUGUUUGUUUGGUUUGUCUAUAGAAGUUAGAGGAAGAGAAAAUCUCAAAUAUGACGAGGCUUAUAUUAUUGUCUGUAAUCAUCAAAGCUCCUUAGAUUUUUUUGCUAUGAUGGAGAUUUGGCCUGAACGCUGUGUGCCAUUUGCUAAAAAAGAGUUAAUGUAUUUAGGACCAUUUGGACUGGCACUUUACUUAGUUGGAACUGUUUUUAUUGACCGUGGAAACAGAGAUAAAGCUGUGGAUGCAAUACAAAAGACAUCAGACGAAAUUAGAAAUAAUAAAGUAAAAGUUUUUAUAUUCCCAGAAGGUACAAGAAAUCAUGAAGGAGCGAUGCUUCCCUUUAAGAAAGGAGCUUUUCAUUUAUCUGUGAAUGCACAGGUCCCUAUUGUACCAGUAGUCAUAUCAUCAUAUACAGAUUUCUACAGCAAAAGAGAAAAGAAAUUUGGAACAGGUAAAUUCAUUGUCACAUGCCUGCCAAAGUUAUCAACAAAAGGCCUAACAGAAGAAGACGUCCCAAAACUUGCAGACUAUAUCAGGAAACAAAUGUUAGACUGUUUUAAUCAGACUUCAUUAGAAACAACACAGUCAAAACUUGCCAAUCAUUAAUUUUUAUGGAAACAAAUAAAAAAAUCCUGCAUCGAA